CCUGACCUGCUGCGCUUUUCCAGCAACACAUUUCCAGCUCUGCUUAUGAUUGCCUCAAUCAUUCCCAGAAAUGAGAUUGUCAGUUUUUCAGACCUAAAUGACUAAAGAUAACUUUCCACAGUGACAUUAAUUAAGUGAUAUCACACAUCUGUUAUACACCAUGUCAGUUAAAUUUAAUGAAAGAAAAACUGUGAAGAACUGAUUUGACGCUACUUCGUUUUAUACCAUUGGCAGAAUUAAAAUUAGAGAAAGUGAGGACUGCAGGUGCUGGAGAUCAGAGUUGUGUGUGGGGUGCUGGAAAAAGCACAGCAGGUCAGGCGGCAUCCGAGGAGCAGGAGAAUCGACAUUUCAGGAAAGGAUUCCUGAUGAAGGGCUCUUGCUAGAAAUUAAAAUUACCCUUCCACACUUACAAUGUUGUGCAAUAAUUUUUGUCUUGUUGGUUUUUUUUAAAUUCAGUGUCAUUGGUUUCUCAACCCUAGAAUGGGAAGCGCCUUACUUUUAAAUGCUGUCCCUCGUUUCUAGUCUCUCCCACAAGGAAGAUAUUCUUUCAGCAGCCAAAGUGUCAACUCCCCUCAGGAUCUUAUGUUUCAAGAAGAUCACUUCUUAUCCUUCCAAACUCCAAUGGAUACAGGCCCAGCCUGUCCAACUUUGUAUUAUAACGAUACAUACGUUUCUGUUUUCGUUGAUCAUUCCUACACUUUUCGUAACUGCUGGCUUAUUCUUUAUCCUCGCUGCAAUUUUCUUGUAUAUUCGAUUCUGGAUCUGUCCAAAGAAGAAAUUACUACAAACUCCAGGAAAAAAUGGCAAGACACAACUAGUGGUGGCAUUCUUUCACCCAUACUGUAAUGCUGGGGGUGGAGGAGAAAGGGUAUUAUGGUGUGCAAUAAGAGCUUUACAGAAGAGGUAUGAAGAAAUUAUAGUGGUAAUUUAUACUGGAGAUCAAGAUGCCACAGCUGAAGAAAUUCUGAAUGGAGCUUAUAGGCGCUUUAAUAUCAAACUUCUUCAACCUGUGCAGUUCAUUUUCCUUAAAAAACGACAUUUUGUUGAAGCUCAGCUUUAUCCAUAUUUUACUCUGCUAGGACAAAGUCUGGGGUCUGUUUUCCUUGGAUGGGAGGCUCUAAUGAAAUGUGUUCCAGAUAUCUUUAUAGAUUCCAUGGGUUAUGCAUAUGUACUUCCUCUGUUCAAAUACUUGGGAGGCUGCCAAAUUGGCUGCUAUGUUCAUUACCCUACAAUUAGCACAGACAUGCUGUCUGUAGUGAGGGACAGGAAUCCAAGAUUUAACAAUGCAGAUUUUAUAUCAACAAAUCCUGUACUGAGCAAUCUCAAACUUGUAUACUAUUACAUCUUUGCCUUGAUGUAUGGAUUGGUUGGGUCUUGCAGUGACAUUGUAAUGGUAAAUUCUACAUGGACUCUGAAUCAUAUUCUUGCUCUUUGGAAAGCUGGUGAUCGAACCCAUGUUGUCUACCCACCCUGUGAUGUACAGACAUUCCUGGAUAUUCCAUUAGUUGAUAGUAAAAAGGUGGAACAUUCCAUUGUUUCAAUUGGCCAGUUUCGGCCAGAGAAAGACCAUUCUCUACAAAUUAAAGCUUUCUGUCAGUUCCUUCAGAUGAAGUGUGUUCAGAACUCAGCUGUGAAAUUAAUAUUGAUUGGAGGUUGCCGUAAUACAGAUGAUGAAGAGCGAGUAGCUGGUCUAAAAGAAUUAUGCAAGAAGUUGGGAGUUAUGGAAAAUGUUGAGUUUAAGAUUAAUAUUUCAUUUGAAGAACUUAAGAAACAUCUAGCUGAAGCCAUUAUUGGACUGCACACAAUGUGGAAUGAACAUUUUGGUAUAGGGGUAGUUGAAUGCAUGGCAGCAGGAACUGUCAUUCUGGCCCAUAAUUCGGGAGGCCCCAAGCUGGACAUAGUAGUACCACAUGAUGGAGUUCAGACAGGUUUCCUAGCAGACAGCGAAGAAAGUUAUGCAGAUGCUAUGAAUACUAUUCUAUCACUAUCUCCUGAAAAGAGGCUGGAGAUUAGGAAGAACGCUCGACAGUCUGUGAGCAGAUUCUCUGACCAGGAGUUUGAAAGAUCAUUUAUAUCUGCUGUGGAACUAUUUUUUAAUGAAAGAUAAUUUAAAAUUAUUGGACAUUGUAAAUAAAUGUAAAUAUUUUCCCUUCCCUUGGAGGGAGGGAGGAGGGCUAUAAGGCAUUUUAUGCUAUUAUUUGUGUAUAUUUGAAAGAUUUUAUAAUGCUGUAUUGAACUUCUUCUAAAAGCUCAUAAAUCAAA